GAAAUCGAAUUUUUUCUCAUUCAACACACGUGAAUUCCAGUGGCGCGCCAAUUCGAUUGUCACUUUACCUUGUCAAUUUUUUUUUCGUUUUUUGUCUUUUUCGUUGUUUGUCUUUUUCCAGUUUUAACAUCGAAAAUGAUGAUGAUGAAUAACGGUGAAAAAUUUCAUAAUUUUAAACUUGGUUCAAUCGUUCGAAUUGAAUUGGAAAAUUUUAUGAUCUACAAACAUAUUGAAUUUUUUCCCGGACCAUUUUUAAAUCUUAUAUUGGGUCCAAAUGGAUCCGGUAAAUCGGCAUUAGUUUGUUCAAUUAUUAUGGGUUUUGGUGGUGAUCCACAAAUUACCGGACGAUCAUCGAAUUUGAUUGAUUAUGUUCGAACGGGUGCAAAUUUCGCUUCAAUCAUAAUCGAAAUCUACAAUCCGGAUCCAAGAGAAAAAAAUCAACAAAUACAACGUGAAAUACGAAUAUCAAGAUCUGGUCGGAAAACUGAAUGUCAUACUGUUUGGCGUUUGAAUCGUAAAACAGUAAAAAAAGAAACGAUUAUGGAAUUUACAAAACAAAUGAAUAUUGAUGUAAAUAAUCUUUGCCAGAUUCUACCACAAGAAAGAGUUGUUGAAUUUUCUCGAUUAAAUUCCAAAGAUCUACUGUUUUCAACCGAAAAAUCUAUUGGAAAUUUUAAUAUGUAUGAAAAACAUAUGGAAUUAAUAGCAUUAAGUCAUUCGAUUGUUGAUCUUGAACAAAGAAUUCGUCAAUCAAAAGCAUUCCUAGCGAAAUAUAAAAAUUUUCAAACAAAUAUUGAACCAGAUUUAAAACUGAUACAGGAUAAAAAACGUUUUGAAGAACAAAUUGAAUGGUUAAGAAAAAAACAAGUUUGGAUUGAAUUUGAAGAAAAACGUUUAAUUUAUGUUGCAGAUAAACAAAGAUUAAAUGAAAAGAAAAAAGAAUUUGAUGAAUUUCAAUCACGUAUUGAACCGAUAAAAAUUGAUCGUGAUAAAGCAAUGAAAACAUUUGAAAAAAUUCAAAUGGAAAAAGGAAAAUAUUCAAAUGAAAUGCAAAAAUAUUUAUCAAUAUUAAAUGAUUCAAAUGAUGGUAUUGAAAAAUUACGUAGAAAACGACAAGAAUUGGUUAUACAAUAUAGACAAAAACUUUCUGAACAUAAAAAUGAUAAAGAUCGUCUGGCACAAUUUGAACAAGAUUAUCGUAAUUAUACAAAUGAAUUGGAAGAUCAUCCAAAUAUGAAUAAUCUGGAAACAGAUUCUACUGAAAUUCAUAAAAAACUUGAAGAAUUUGAUAAGAAAAUUAAAGAAAAUAUUUUCACACUUAAUUCACAUCGUAAUAGAUAUGAAAAUUCUAUUGGUGAACAACGUUUUCAUUUGAAUCGUAAAAAAGAAAUUAAUAAUCUUUUCAAUGCCCGGAUGGAAAAACUGAAUCGAAAAGAUUCAUCAAUACAAACAGCAUAUGAAUGGUUGAUGAAAAAUCGUAAAAAUUUUCAAGGUGAAAUUUUCCCACCGCUUAUUACACAGAUUAAUGUUUUGGAUAAUAAAUAUGCAAAUGCGGUUGAAAUGGCUAUCGGUUCGACGGAUAUGAGUACAUUUUUGUUUGAAAAUCUUUCGGAUUUGGAAUAUUUUAAUGAAAAUUUGAAAAAAGACCGAGAUAUUCGUUGUAAUGUUGCAAUGAUUCCAUCGGAAGAAAUUAGUGAUAAACCAACAUUCAAUAUUGAACAAUAUCGAUCAUUCGGUAUUUUCGGUACGGUUCGGGAUUUAUUUACAGCACCGAAAAAAGUAAUGUCAUAUUUGAUAAAAAAUUAUCAUUUAAAUUCAAUACCCGUUGGUGAUUUGAGAACCGAGGAUAAAAUUCAAGAUUUGAUAAAUCAAUCAAAUUUUCGUAAAAUUAUUACAUCGAAAAGUCUGUAUUCAAUUGUAAUAUCAUCAUAUGAUGGUGAAAAAUCUACACAGAUUGUAUCGAUGAUGCCAGCCAAAUAUUUAAAUAUUAUUAUCGAUGAAAAAGAAUUGGAUGAAAUUGAUCAAACAUUGAAUUUAUUGGAGAAACAAAUCGCCGAUUCGAAUGAAAUGAUCCGGAAAUAUUCGGAAGAAAAUGAUUCAUUGAAAGAAAAUCGUAAUAAAUUAUCCAAUGAAUUGAAAAAUAUUGAAUCAACAAAAAAUGCAUUGAAUAAACUUCGAGCGAAAAUUCGUGAAAAAGAAAGACAAAUAAAUUCCUUGAAAAAUUCAUUACAAAAUGAAAAUAAAUAUAAAGAAGAAUUAGUUAAAAAUCUAGAACAAUUACAUCAAAAAGAAUUAAAUUUAUUGGAAAAUUUACCUGAAAUCAUACAGGAAGCAGUGGAAAAAAACAAGAAUAAUCUUUUAGCUACAACAAAAUUUCGUAUAAUUUCACGUAUUAAAGAUGCUUUGGAAAUAAAAUAUCGUAGUUCAAGUUCUGAAUUGAUGGAUUUGGCCAACGCUGUUGAUCGAUUAAAAUCCGAAAUGAAAGAAUCACAAAACCAGGCGAAAGAAUUUCGUAAAAAUGCAAUUGAAAAAUCUGGUUUUGAUUAUAGUAAUUUGGAUGAACAGAUACGAAAACGUUUAGAAGAAUUGCCGGAUACAAUUGAUGAAAUUUCCGAUGCAAUAACUGAAUUAAAACUUCGUUGUGAAGGUAUAAAAAAUGUUGAUCAAUCAUUGUUGGAAACAUAUCGUUCGUAUCAAAAAGAAAUUCAAACUAAAAGUGUUGAAUUGGAAAAAUUUGAACAAGAAUUACAACAACAUAAAGAAGAAAUUGAUCAACUAAAACCUGUUUGGCUGAAUGAAUUGAAAACAUUGAUUGCUAAAAUUAAUGAAAAUUUUAGUAAAUUUAUGGAUCAUCUUAAUUAUUCGGGUGAAGUUUAUCUAUUUACCGGUGAUAAAGAAUAUUCAUUCGAUGAUUAUGGCAUUCGAAUUAAAGUAAAAUUUCGUGAUGCUGAAAUGAUGAAAGAUUUAGAUGCAUAUCAUCAAAGUGGUGGUGAACGUUCAGUAUCAACAAUGAUUUAUAUGUUAUCAUUACAAGAAUUAGCACACGUUCCAUUUCGAGUGGUUGAUGAAAUUAAUCAAGGUAUGGAUGAAAAAAAUGAACGUUGUGUUUUUGAUUUGAUUGCCGAAGUAUCCAAACGAAAUUCAUCACAAUAUUUUCUAUUGUCACCAAAAUUAUUAACCAAACUUAAAUAUACUGACGAAAUGAAAAUUCAUAUCAUUUUCAAUGGUCCACAUACAUAUGUUAAUUUUAAUAAAUCGAUUGAAAAUUUAUUGAUGGUCGUCGAUGGCGAUGCCGAUGAAAAUGGUGAUAAUAAUAAUGAUAAUGGCCAAGAUGAACAAAUGAUGGAUGAUGAAUAAAUUACAAAAAUUGUAAAAAAAAAUUAUUUUUUUUUUCAAAAACUCAAAUUUUUCGAAUAAAAUUGAAUUCGAACGAAAAGACGUUUUGUUUUCCCGACAAUAGAUGGCGCCACUUGGCA